UUCUGGCCUCGUCUCCACCGAGUAUAAAACAGAGACGAACGCCGAGGAGAAAAAACGGGCAAGGCCUUAGAGAGAUAGUGCGCAACACAGACACACACUGAGACAUAGAGAGAUACAUAGAGCGAUCUCAGAAAAUGGUAGCUGAGGCCUUGCCCAAGAGCCCCGAAGCUCCACUCGUACUUGGACUCCAGCCAGCAGCUCUUAUCGAUAACGUCGCUCCCGUCGAUUGGUCCUUACUCGAUCAAAUUCCCGGAGAUCGUGGUGGCUCCGUUCCCGUGCAAAAGGAUGAGUUAGAGCGCAUACUGAAAGAGGUUAAUACACAUGUCAGUGCGACUCCAUUUAAGAAGAUGGCUGGAGGAAGUGUGACCAAUACAGUUCGAGGCUUGAGUGUUGGGUUCGGUGUAGCCACAGGGUUAAUCGGGGCUUAUGGAGACGACGAACAAGGCCAGUUAUUUGUGAGCAAUAUGGGUUUCAGUGGUGUGAGUAUCUCAAGGUUGAGGAAGAAGAAAGGCUCCACUGCUCAGUGUGUUUGCUUGGUUGAUGACUCUGGUAAUCGAACAAUGCGACCAUGUCUGUCGAGUGCUGUGAAGAUUCAGGCAGAUGAAUUAAACAAAGAAGAUUUCACAGGCUCUAAGUGGUUGGUCCUAAGAUAUGCAGUUCUUAAUUUAGAAGUAAUUCAAGCAGCCAUUCGAAUUGCCAAGCAAGAAGGUCUUUCUGUUUCGUUGGAUUUAGCUAGUUUUGAGAUGGUCCGGAAUUAUAGAUCAGAGCUUCGACAGCUUCUGGAAUCUGGUAACAUAGAUCUUUGCUUUGCUAACGAGGAUGAAGCAGCAGAGCUGCUAAGGGGUGGGCAAGAAGCAGGCCCGGAGGCUGCUCUUGAGUUCCUAAGCAGACAUUGCAGAUGGGCUGUGGUAACUUUAGGGUCUAACGGGUGCAUUGCAAAACAUGAUAAGGAGGUAGUACAAGUACCGGCCAUAGGAGAGACAUUAGCAACUGAUGCCACGGGAGCUGGUGACCUAUUCGCAAGUGGGUUUCUGUAUGGACUAAUUAAGGGAUUGUCUUUAGAAGAAUGUUGCAAAGUGGGAUCAUGCAGUGGCGGAUCGGUCAUCCGUGCUCUCGGAGGAGAAGUAACCCCAGAAAACUGGCAAUGGAUGCACAAACAGUUGCAGUUGAAAGACUUACCUGUUCCUGACAUUCGCAACUGAUGAUCACCAGCAGAUUAUCAGUUGGCUUCAUAUUUCAAGCGAUUGCAUUUAAAGGCCCGUUUCGUAUUUGAACUGCUCUUGAGCUUUAUGUUGUUCACGGAGAAUCUUGCAGCAUUUACUUAAAGCAAGAUCAUUGUGUCUCUGUACUGAAGUCUCACUAAAAUUCAGUACACAUUUUGUUGUUUCCAAGUUAUAUGCACCAAAAAAAGAAAGUACAACGCUUUGUUAGGCGCUAGGUCUUUUCUUUGUGGCUCACAAGGAUCAAUUUUGGGCUACUGUGCUAAAACAAUUAAUGUGUAUUCCCUUCGGGAAGCCUGGAAACAGAGUAAUGCUAUUUGUCUAUUAGCUGAAAAA